CCGCCUGUGGUGACGGGCGAUCGGGCGGCGUCCGCCCCACCCAGAGCGCCCGACCCGCCUCGCCUCUGAGGCGUCCCUUCCCCCAGGGGCGUCUGUUUGGUGGUGGUGGGGGCGUCUGUUUUUAGGGCGUCCCGUCCCCCAUGGGUGUCUCUUGAUGGGGGCGUCUCCACCACGGGUUUCGUUUGGGGGGGUUUUCCCCUGCGCCCCCAUCGGCGUCUCGGGGUGCCCCUCCAGUUCCCGAUGCCCCCAUCUCCCCAGGCAGGUUCCCACCCCCAGCUCCGCCCCAAGAGCAGGGUGGCCUCUGCCGCCCCCAGGAUUCCCCAGGGCCCCCCAGUCUCAGGCGGGGUGAAUGCGCCGCCCAUCUCGGGACCUUUGACCCAGGACGGGGUCACCGCCUGACCCGGACCCCCGCCACCUCCAUUCAGACUUUGGGGGGACCUGGGGGACCAAGCUGGGGUGCAUUGGGGAGGGGGUGCACUCCUUACACUGACCCGCCUCCCGCCCUCGGCUCCCCUGGGUGCAGUCUGGAGGAGGCGACUCUGCUGAGUGUUGGGAGCUGGGAGCAGGGUGCAGACUGCUUGGGUGUAGCCUGAGCUGCAGACUGGGUGGGGGUCUCAGCUCUCCUGGUGGGAUCUCCCAGCCCCUGUCUAGGGCUUGGGGGACACCCCUCCCCCACGAGAACAGCCUCCUGUCUACAAUUGGCAGUUGUUAGAAAGUGGGGCGACCUCUAUGAACCCCGCGGCUCCUGGGCCAGGUGGGGUGUGCAGGCAGCCCGUCUCCUGUCACAGCCCUGUGGGGGCAGUGCACCUGGCCUUGGCCCCCCAUGUCUCCCUUAAGCUGUGACACCCGCUCUGAUAGACCCACAGACGCCAGGACACCGCCGGGCUUCCAGCUUGGGUUUCCCCCACCCAGGCCUUCCCGGCCCACCUGCCCCCACCUGGGGGGCUUGCAGACCCGAGGGCAGGUUCUGAUCCAGGGCAGGGCCUGGAUCCAUCGGGUCCAGCCUGGGCUUGUUGGCAUCAGGACUGCUCGGGAGUGGACAGUGAUUGUUUACAGAGGGGGGUGCAGAGCCUGGUGGCUCCACCCCCCACCCCCAGGCUCCCUCAGAGUGACUUGCUCCAGGACCGUGGACAGGGGUGAAUAGCUUGUGAGAGGCCCUGGGUUUGAAUCCCAGCUGUUCCCUCACUGUGGUGACAUCACACGUGGGCGCCUCUCCCAGCACUCAGGACAAGGUCUCUCACACAGGCCCUUGGCCUUCCUUCUGAAGUGAGGCAAAGUAGACAGUAAGUGAAGGGUGCUUAGUAGAAAACGAAAUAUACCUCAUAUAAAGUUCAUACCCACCUCCUGAAAUAGAAUCAAUAGAAUCUUCAAAUAUCUACGUUUUGUUUGCUCACUUAUUUCAAUGAGCUAUGAAGGGGGAGAGACACACACCAGAACCCUGCUCAUCUCUGGCUGAUGGUGGUGCUGGGGUCUGGACCUGGGAGCUCAGAGUCUCUGGCAGGAAAUGCUUUUGCUGGACCUUUCUGUUGUCUCCUCAGCCCAGACAGAACUGUUAACGCCAUUCAGACUGAAGUGACACAGGCUUAUGUUGGGGCAGGUGGGGUGUGUUCACCAUCAGAACCCAGCAGUUUAGCCAGGCUUAAGUGGCACCUCAUAGCUCUCCCACCUGGCUGAGUGAGCUGGCCAUGGGCCACGGUCUAAAUGGGCUCCAAAACAACACAAAACACAGACAAAGUAUAGAAUAAUAGCUGGGUCACCCUGCUGAUUUGAAAAGUUCAGCUCUGAGAAUGAGAAACUGUCCUGACCACCAAGGGAGAGCAUUGUCUGCACUCACUCCCACUUUGCACACACUCGGUGCACUUGGGAAGGGUGUAUUUUCACUCUUGCCAGUUGUGUACUCCUGUACCUAUGUGUGUGUGUCCAUCCUUAAAAGAGUCUGUGGUUCAAAGGGUUGUGAGGGAGGAAAGCAAAUAUCAACUUGGUAAUACUGCUACUAUGACCAGUCGUAUUAAUUUCUGUGACAUCUAGUGCAUCCCUCCAGCAAUUUCUAUCAGACAUUGUAUAAAUCAUUGCCAUUUUCUAGAAGUAAAACUAUUAUUGAAAACAUAACCUGGGGUAAGUAUGAAGAGUCAAUCUUCCGGAGACUAGAGUAUUUUCCCCACAAUUAGAUGAAGGUGUGUCUUCUAUUAGUAGUUGGCUCAGAGGGAAGAACAGGCUGGUACUUGAAGGCUGUUGGGAAGAAGCACUGCCUGUGUGUGAUCUUGAAGAUGGGAGGUGCUGUGAGUGCCGGUGAAGACAACGAUGAGCUCAUCGAUAAUCUGAAAGAAGCACAGUACAUCCGGACAGAGCUGGUAGAGCAGGCUUUCCGAGCUAUCGAUCGUGCAGAUUACUACCUUGAAGAAUUCAAGGAAAAUGCCUAUAAGGACUUGGCGUGGAAGCAUGGCAACAUCCACCUGUCUGCUCCCUGCAUCUACUCAGAGGUGAUGGAAGCCCUGGACCUGCAGCCUGGGCUCUCGUUUUUGAACCUGGGCAGCGGAACUGGGUACCUCAGCUCCAUGGUGGGGCUCAUUCUAGGCCCCUUUGGUGUAAACCAUGGAGUGGAGCUUCAUUCGGAUGUAAUAGAGUAUGCAAAGCAGAAACUGGACUUCUUCAUCAGAACAAGUGACAGCUUUGACAAGUUUGAUUUCUGCGAACCUUCCUUUGUGACUGGCAACUGCUUGGAGAUUUCUCCAGAUUGCUCUCAGUAUGAUCGAGUCUACUGUGGGGCCGGUGUACAGAAAGAACAUGAGGAAUAUAUGAAGAAUCUUCUCAAAGUUGGGGGUAUCCUUGUCAUGCCUCUAGAAGAGAAGCUGACCAAGAUAACACGCACUGGUCCUUCUGCUUGGGAAACCAAGAAGAUCCUGGCUGUUUCUUUUGCUCCUCUGAUCCAGCCCUGCCAUUCAGAGUCAGGAAGGUCAAGACUUGUUCAUUUACCACCCCUGGCAGUUCGCAGCCUCCAGGACCUGGCCCGCAUCGCCAUCCGAGGCACCAUUAAAAAGAUCAUCAACCAGGAAACAGUGAUAAAAAAUGGAAAUGGACUGAAGAACACACCCAGGUUUAAGCGGAGGAGAGUGCGCCGCCGCCGCAUGGAGACGAUCGUCUUCUUGGACAAAGAGGUCUUUGCCAGUAGGAUCUCCAACCCCUCGGAUGACAACAGCUGCGAAGACUUGGAAGAGGAGGGGAGGGAAGAAGAGAAAACCCAGACUGAAUCGAAGCCAGACCCCCCUGUGAACUUCCUCCGAGAGAAAGUCCUGAGCCUCCCCCUCCCAGAACCUCUCAAGUACUACUUGCUCUAUUACAGAGAAAAGUAGGUCUGUGAGCUGGGGGCGGCAGAGCAGCCUGCAGCCUGGCACCCCACCUGCUACCCUGAGGGCCCCAUGCCUCAGGAAGCUCACACCUCCCUCUCCACACCGCUUUUCCUGGUUUGUUCUUGAUUGUCCUCUAGAAUUUUAUCCAGUGGGUCUGCUUUCCCUAAACUUGAUCUGACUAGUGUAAAGUGCAUAAGGAGGAUGUUUGCCCAGUAGGUAGAGACUCCCAGUGGAGUGUCUGUACUUUUUAGCUCUGAGGAAACCAAAUCUGCACGUAGAGAUGGCUGUUUCUCACAACAUACACGUGUCUGCAUUAAAAACGAAAACUGAAGCUGCGAUUAACCUUUGUGGUCUAUGAACUGUGAAGCAAAACACAAGCUGCUAAGUGGAGGUGACCAACACACUUAGGCCCAAUUUGCAUCUUAUAGCAUCAGCCUUUGAAUUAUUGGCACCAAAUUACACUCACUUUCGGUUUUCCACACAGAGGGAACAUAACUGACAAGCCUCCCCUACUUCAGGUAAACUGAUUAGAUCUAUGGGUUGUGAAUUACAAUUUGCAAAAAGAAAAGUUGCGACAUGGAAAGAAUAAAAAUACUGGACACACUCAGAUGUUUUUCUAGAAUUCAAGGCAUUUUUUAUGUUUCCUUCAAAAGGGCCAAUAUUGAGCAAUUCCUUAAAGAAUAUCCUGAGGAAUGAAACCAGUGUUGUGUGGCAGUUGUGAAAGACUGUCACCUCAUGUUAAGGAUGACUGUUUGCCCCUGUGGGUGGCUAUGGUUACCCCCUGCAGCCAGUGGGGGAAAGUGUGGAGACCAAAAGAAAUAGAUUAGGGGCUUUAUUGCAGACACUGCACCAUUUUAACUUCAGUUUAAUUUUUUUUUUUUUUUUUUUUUUUUGGAGUACUGAUUUCAUAGAUUUUUCUCUUUUAGAAUUCUGGGAGAUGAGUUUGUUAGCUUUGGGAUUUUUAUUCAAAUCAUUUUGUUUUAGUGUUUUAUUCAAAUCAUUAUGUUUUAGUGGCUCUCUUAUUUUAAAACAGCUUAACUCUCAGUGUCUUGAAAAAUCAGUCUUCUCCAGGCCUGGAGUGUUGAGAGCUUUUUAUCGUAAGCAUCUGAUGAGUCUAGAAGAAGGCCCUGUCUUGUCAGAUGGCAGGAUGUAUUGACAUCAUAUUCUCCUUCCAAAACAUUCAUUCUUGUCAAACCUUUUAGCUCAAAGAAAAUAAUACACAAUUUAACAAAAUACCUAGAUCCAGAGAUGAUCCAGAGGAAGCAUCCAGAGUUUCAUCACUGAUUCUAUUCCUUAGCCUCUUGGGAAUUGCUGGGGUUUGAUGCCUGCAUUCUUACUGUCUUAACUGACUUCUGCCUUUUUUUUUUUUCUUUUUACCUUUCUGCCUUUUUUUAGUUAAUAAAAUUUAAUUACUAAAUGUUAUCACAAGAUACUAUGUACAUUAGAAUAGCUGAGAAAAAUCUGUAAAUUACCCUAGAUUUAUAAACUGAAGACAGUUACUUCACAGCUAUCUUGUUAACUCAGUCAGGCUUCAUCCUUGGAGAAGUGCAUGAUUGACAUGUGCUUGGUCACACUCCAUAGUCUGCAGAUUCAGACAUCUCUGAAAUACGUGGACCUUUCUUUCUGAGAUAAUAUUAAAUAAAUAGUAUAUAUGGAAUCUGUCACUUCAGGAAGCUUGAUUCAGCCACCCUCCGUAGUUGUAUAUGAAUUUUGUUUCAACCAAAUUUGCCUUUAUGCUAAACUGUAAAAACAUGACAGUGCAAAAGAUACAGUUUUCUCCAAUGUAUGCUAAGCCUUCCCUAGCACUUUGUAUUUACAUGCUGCCAUUCUGUGAUUGUUAAAUCAGAAUUUGGUUUAAAUAUAUGUGUGUGUGUGUGUGUGUGUGUAUAUAUAUAUAUAUAUAUAUAUAUAUAUAUAUACAGAUAUAAUAUAUGUGAAAUAGUUUGGUGUCUAUCUUACUCAAAUAAAGGAGGAUGGUAACUUUUAGCACCUUAUGCCACAGCUCAGUCCGAUGCAUUACUUUUUGUUUCCAGACAGAUGAAUUCUGUAGUCUGUUGGUCUGGAGCUCUGUUGUAAACCAUAUUCCGACAACUGUUGACUAUUAGGUUUUGAGUAGUCUGUGUUUUUAUAUGUAACUUGUGCCUGGAAAUGUAGUAAAGCCAUAGACUUGUGCAAAACAAAUACCAGAUGUGUACAUAUUAAGACUGUAAUAUAAAAAUCCACUGUAUAUGUAAUAGUUAUUUUGCCAGUUUGGCACUUUCAGGGGGAUGAUACAAGGAAAGGCAACAAAGACUUGAAUGAGCUAACACAGACAGAUAAACAAAGGGUAUCAAUAAAUGUUGCACAAUAACCUUGGCAUCACUUCUUUUCCUGAGGUGGGAUCGAAAUGCUUGGCGACAUUAAACAAAUCUUAGAAAUAAACCACUUCUUUCCUAGAA